AUGAAGGCUACUUUCUUCGCCGCCGCCGCGGCCAUGGCUGGUGCCGCCAGCGCUGCCAACCACCGUCACGCUCACCAGAUGUUCGCCAAGCGCGGCAACGCUGCCAGCACUGGCUUCCCUGUCGCUCCCACCGGCACUGGUGACGUCUGCCUCCCUGGCUGCACCACCAUCUGGAAGACCAUCACCGGCGAGGCCACCCUGGUCCCCGUUAAAGUCACCACCGUGACCUCGACCUCGACCAACACCUCGACUGUGACCAUCACUCCUACGCCCACCGCCGUCUCGACUCCUGUCCAGACCACAACCGUCAUCGUCGUCCCUACCCCCGAGGUUCAGCGCUGCCCUACCCCCGGCACCUACACCUUCCCGGCCACGACCAUGACCGUCACUGACACCACCACUGUCUGCGGCGCCACCACCACCAAGGUCCCCUCCGGCACCCACACCGUCGGUGGUGUCACGACCGUUGUCACUACCCUGACGACCGUUACUUGCCCCGUCGCUACCGUCGUCACCUCUGGCGGCGUCACCACCAGCACCAUUAGCAUGACCGAGUACGUCUGCCCUACCGCCGGUACCUACACCAUCGGUGCCCACACGACCGCCUGCGAGACCGAGACGGUCAUUGUGUACCCCACGCCUACCACCAUUGUUCCGGGCACCUACACCAAGCCCCAGGUUGUCGUGACCGCCACCGAGACCGACUACGUUACCGUCUGCCCCUACACCAGCUCCGGUCUCCCCACCAGCACCCCUACUCCUUCCGCCGUCAGCACUCCCGUUCCUGCGCCUGCCAGCAGCACCGCUACUCCCGCCCCCAGCUCUGCUGCUCCUAGCUCUGCCGCCCCCAGCUCUGCUGCCCCCAGCUCUUCUGCCCCUGCCACUCCCGGCAACAGCAAGACCGAGGUCAAGGGCACCAACGACCACUUCGCCAUCACCUACGGCCCCUACGACAGCAGCUCUGGUAACUGCAAGACUGGCGACCAGGUCAAGAAGGACAUUGCUGAGAUCAAGAAGGCUGGUUUCCAGGCCGUUCGUAUCUACGGCACCGACUGCGACACCCUUGUCAACGUCGUUCCCGCUUGCGUUGACCAGGGUCUCCAGGUCAUUGCUGGUAUCUUCGUCAAGCCCGAAGACGAGUGCUCCAUCACCAGCCCCCAGGUCAAGAAGCAGGUCGACGACCUCGUCUCCAUGAACAACUGGGACGCCAUCCGCCUGCUUGUUGUCGGCAACGAGUCCAUCAUGAACAAGGUCUGCUCUGCCGAGGAGCUUGUCAAGCUCAUCAAGGAUGUCAAGACCCAGUGCUCCGGCUUUCAGGGCCCCGUCACCAUUGCCGAGACGCUCAACAUCUGGCAGCAGAAGGAGGUCUCCGACGCCAUCUGCCCCCUCGUCGACGUCGUCGGCGCCAACAUCCACGCCAUCUUCAACCCCAACGUCGAUGCCUCUGGCGCCGGUGACUUUGUCAAGCAGCAGAUGGACAUCCUCGGAGAGAUCUGCGGCAAGUACGUCAUCAACCUGGAGACUGGCUGGAAGAACGAGGGCGCUUGCAACGGCAUCGCCUGCCCGGGCCCCGAUGACCAGAAGAAGGCCAUCAGCUCCAUCCGCAAGACUUGCGGUGACGCCUCCGUCUUCUUCUCCUUUGACAACGAGUCUUGGAAGCCCGCCCCUGACCAGAAAUGGGGUCUCGGUGCCGUCUUCAACUUCUCCGUGUAA